UUCCUCCUGCUUCUCCAGCCCAGAACAGCAUUCCAGAAACAGAGCAUGAGCAGUGUGUCCCCAGAGGCUGAGCAUUCCACCAGCUGGUGACUGAGAGCUGCAAUUUGAAGAAUAUUGGCAGUGCACAGGAUCUGGGGAGACGGGAGCACACAACAAUGCUGCUGAAAGGAAUCUGAGCCACAGAGCAUGCUUUGUGCCACAGUUACCCAGGUGCUGAAUGCUGCCUACAAACGACUUUGUCGAUGAAGGAAGAAACUGAUUGGGAACUGAAGGCGCCAACUAGUUCCUAAUCCUGUUCAACAUGCGCAAAGGGGUGCCAAAGGACCCAGAAAUAGCUGAGCUGUUCUACAAAGAUGAUCCUGAGGAAAUAUUUGUGGGUUUGCAUGAAAUCGGACAUGGAAGUUUUGGAGCGGUGUACUUUGCUACAAAUUCCCACACUAAUGAGGUGGUGGCAGUCAAGAAGAUGUCCUACAGCGGCAAGCAAACCAAUGAGAAAUGGCAGGAUAUCAUCAAAGAAGUCAAGUUUCUGCAACAACUGAAGCACCCAAACACCAUAGAAUAUAAGGGCUGUUACCUGAAGGAGCAUACAGCAUGGUUGGUUAUGGAGUACUGUUUAGGAUCAGCUUCUGAUUUGCUAGAAGUUCACAAGAAACCACUUCAGGAAGUGGAGAUUGCUGCCAUCACCCACGGUGCCUUGCAGGGGCUGGCCUACCUGCACUCUCACUGUAAGAUACACAGGUAAGGAUGCUGCUGGAUGUCCUUCGAGUUACAUUGGCUGAGUCUGAAAAUCACUUUGCUCUGUCUAAGCAGCUUUGUUAAGGUUCCCCUGCUAGAAUUUCCUCCAGUGGGCUUGUCAAUGCACUCAGUACAAGGGUAGAUUUACAAAUAAAAGUUAUUAGAUGUAAGGAAUACGUUCCUUCUGAAAUAAUUCCAUGUGGUUACAGGCCAGUGCUAAUUCUCUUUCAUGUUAGCAAUUUUCUCUGCAGACCUUGGUAACAAAGAGUACACCACAGUGUUGGCAAUAAGCGUGGACAGGAAAAAACACAGUGUGAAUUCAUCAACUAUAGUGGUGUGGUAGAGCUAGACUACUUUUAAGACUUGACAUAUUAAGAAUUUUUUACCUGUGAGUAAGUUAAACAUUAUGCUUCAGGAAAUCAGCUGCUGAAAGCAUAAGACAAGGCUAAAACUGCCUUAGGAGAAAUAAGAGCACACACAGGAGGAUUCAGAACUGAUCACGUCUGUGGACAACUGAUCACAGACUCCUAGAUCUAUCUUUCCAGGAGUUUUGACUAUUCUACAACCAUCUGUCAAUGCUGCUGCAUGAUCCCAUUUCAUGUUUUUGUGUUACUGUGAGUACUACGGGUGCUCUGUAUCAAGGAGUUGCUGUAGAAGUGAUAAAAGCUAGAAUUUUAGAAUUCUAGAAUUCUAGAAUGGGUUGGGUUAGAAGGGUCCCUAAAGGUCAUGAAACCAGAGCAUUCUAGAAUGGGUUGGGUUGGAAGGGUCCUUAGAGGUCAUGGAACCAGAGCAUUCUAAAUGGGUUGGGUUGGAAGGGUCCUUGAAGGUCAUGGAACCAGAGAAUUCUAAAUGGGUUGGGUUGGAAGAGUCCUUAAACGUCAUGGAAGCAGAGAAUUCUAAAUGGGUUGGGUUGGAAGAGUCCUUAAAG